CUGUUUCCAUUUCCAUAGCAACUGUUGCUAUGACGACAACAACAGCAUUUGAGUUUGUUUUUUUGCAAUGACAGCAAAACAUACGGUCGCUGCCUUCAACCACUCCUGCCUUCAGGUACCAGUUAAUCCAGCAAACAAACUACCAUUACCUACUUUUGAAAGAAAACGAGUUUCAAAUUAUUUCGAAAAUGAUCACAUCAACAAGAAAGGAUCAAACAAAGGUACGACGAGAAGCUUCGAAUUUCUUGUUGGUGCAGACCAGCCAUCAUCUUCAGACUCCAGAGAAAGGAUCUCAGAGACGUCUACACAUCAAAAUAAUACAAAUCCCACAUUAAAAACCAUGGGUAAAUCAACAGAUGACGAAUCUCUGCAAUCAUUUAUUGCUUUCUAUGAGAGUAUUCCAGAUUAUGGAGAUUUAAAUCAUUUAUCAGAUCGAGAUUUCUAUUUGAGACUUCAGAAUUUAAAAGCAAAACAAAGAAUGUACUUAAAGGAUUUAAGUGAAAAAGAUUUUGGUAUAGUUGGAUUGGUGGAAGAAAACAAACUAUGUACUAGAAAUAAAUUUAAUAAGAGAACUUCUGUACAAUCUGAAACAUGGCAGAGACAUUACAAUGACAGUUUGAAUCUUCAAAGCAAAAAGUGUGUCUUAGAUGACGACAAAAAUAUUGUUCCAAAUUCUGUUGGAUAUCAGAGGAAGGGAAGAAGAGGAGAGGAACAUAAACUUAUUGUGGCAUCAGUUAUAUGGUGGUGACAAUUUGGAUGAGUCCAAAGAAGAAGCUAAAAUCAUUAGGGCUCACCCAGUUCCACUUGAAUCUCAGUUGCCACGCUUUGAUAAAAUAAUGGCAGAACAAGGAAAUAGUUAAAUGAACAAUUAAACCAAAAUCUAAAAGGAUUAGACUACCACAUGUGAUGGAAUCCAACACGGAGAGCUGAAUGCUGUGGACACAGUGGCAGCAAGUGAGGAGACAGUGCAUGAAUAAACUGAGAGCUCAGAUGAAGCCAUUUCAAUUUACAAAACGUGAUGAAGAAAGAAAGCUGUUAAGGAUGUGUCACUCAUCACCAGACUUAAGAGAUUUUAGUGACACAUUAACAAAACCUAAACCUUUCAAGGCCAAACCAGUGCCAAAGAAUUUAUUCAGCAGCUAUGUGUAUCAAAAAAUGCGAGAAGAUGAAUACUACAGAUCUCUAAAAAAGAAGAUACGAGCUGAAGAGUUAUUAAAGUCUUCCUCUUUACCCCCAUCUAUGGCAGCUAGGGAGAGGUUGUUCAAAGCUAAAGCACUUUCUGCUGAAGUUUAUAACAGCGAUUCGGACGGACUAAAGAGAAGAAAACACAAAAUCCCAAACUAUAAAAAAAGCCAUGAACAAUUACAGAAAGAGCUGGAAGACAGAUGGAAUGAUAAUAUUACAACUAGCCCACAACCAUUCACACUGAGGACUGCAGAGUUACACAAAAGAAAGUCAGCAAAGUUUACUUCUCCAGACGAGAGCUCUGCUGUAUCUCCAUAUGAAGUGUAUCCUUAUACAGAUUCUAGGAGGCAUGUUCGAUCUCAGUCAGCCUUGGGCAUUCCGCUUAAUAGAAACAAUUUAGCAUCAGUGCUAAGGAUUCAGUCUUCAAGGCAACGCAUGGAACGAGAACUGGCAGUAAGACAAGAAGAGAGUAGAAAGAAGGAAGUGGAAAGAUUUAAAGCACAUGUUACACGUUGUAAACCAGCAUGGCAAGCUCUUAACUACAGCACAGAGGAGGACCUGGCUAUGCGAAUUCAAGCUCGGCGUGAAGAAGAAAGAAUUCGUAGAGAAGAAUAUCAGGAAGACAUGCAACUUAUGCUCAGUAGAGUCGAGAAAAUACCAACACUGUUUGAGAGACAAUCACAGUACAUGAUGAAGGAAAUACACAAGAAAUAUAGAAUGCCUGAAAGGAAAUUAAGACACAACAUGAAGAUUAUGUCUGUCCCAAAUACUCCAGAUUUGUAUGAGGAAGAUGAAAGGGAAGAUGAUGGUGAGAAUCAGAAUGAAAUUUCAUAUGAUAAGAAUAUAAAAGUAGAAUUCAAAGUGUCUGUUAGUGAAACUCCUGAGACAGUUCACUUUAAAACUGAGAAUGAAGAUGUUGAAGAAACUGAAGUUGUAGAAAAGGGUGAAAAUGAUCAUGAAGUACUGAAUGAGAAAGAUGAUGAAAAGAAGGUUCAAGAAGAAAUUGAAGAAUAUAAUGAUGCUGAAGAAGAUAAUGAUGAAGAAUCUGAAAACACUGAAAGUAUCCAAGAAGACAUGUCACCAGGUAAAAGCACUGAUGAAGAUGAUGAAAAUGGCAAUACAUACACUAUUGAUGAAUAAUGAAGCAGUUUCUCAGAACAAGGUGUUGGCAGUCCAACCACCAGAAUGUGGACAUUACAACACAGCAAGUUGUUGAAAUAGUAUGUCAUAUAUUAACUUGUAUAAGUUUGCAAGUUAGUUAACAAAUAGGCCUACAGCAUUGAUUUUAUCAUGAAACAGACACAACAUGCAAAAGCAAUGCUAACAGCCUUGCACACCGUAAAAGGAAGAUGUUUCGAAACCUCAAUGAAAGCCUUGGACAGAAUGGACCUAACAAUAGGACUGAAUGGAAGAGGAGAAUUGAGGAGGCCAUGGACCGAAUACUGACCGGAGAGCCAUAGAAGAGGAAGUUUUUCUAAAACAAAAAUUAUAAUUUCACAGCAUAUAUUGUUUCCAUUUUAGACUGAUGACACUGUGUUUAGGUUUGUUGGUUUGCUGGCAUUUCAGAGAACCUGUUUGUCUCCAUCUUCAAAGCAUAGUGAUUAACAGUGGAUUGGAACCCUUAUUUAUAAUUGCAGACUAUGAGGUAGUUCAAAAUAUUAUGCUGUAAUUGAUAGAUAUGUUGAAAAUGAGGAAUUAAACUGGAAAUUAUGCCCCUUUUCAGAUGGAGGAAGAUUCUAUAGAAUACUAAGAUUCACUUUCUGCUAAAUCAAAAGUUGUUUGAUUAAUGCCCAUCUAACAAGACACAAAUCAGUAUCUUACUUAAACUACUUAGAUAGUAACUUGUAGCCAGAGCUAAACACAAUAUACGUAUAUCAUCAUCCAGUAUUUAAAAACAAAAUAGCUACAAACUGCCAUGAAAGUUUGGAGAUAUUUAUUAAUGAAUGAGGGAAUAACAUGUUAAAUGUAAAAAUGUUGCCUUCUUAUCCCUUUUGCAUGUGAGUACCAGCAGCUUUGUUUCUAAAAUUAUAUGGUACAAAGUAAAUGUAAUACAUUUGAAAAAUGUGCACAACUUGCUCCAGUACUCUUUCCGCUCAGGGUUACCACAGUCACCUGAAAUAUUCUCUGUAAAUCAUGCCAACAUAGGGGAAUUUAACUUCUAUUAACUUUCAGAAUUUGCAGUGUGAUAUGUGAAAUCUGAAGCAGAAUCAAACAUGGAGAAAUGUUAUGCAUGUGUCACCACACAAUUUUCUUCCACAAUCGGUGUUAAUUGGUAGGUGGCACAUAUUUGAUUGUGAUUAAUAUGAAUGUAAAUGUGGUUGUUUUAUAAAUAUUAAUUCCAUUUAUUCCAUAGCAAUAUAAGACAAUUUAGUCCUGCUACUUUAACUAUGUAAAGGAAUAAAUAU